CAAGUUUCGAAAGGCGCCGCCAAUCAUCAAAGCCGACGGACGAAUUAUGGGUGGCAUAGCGCAACGGUGAUAUAUGUUUUGAAAUGCAAGGACAUCAAAACCGACGAUCACGGAAAUGACAUCGCAGCCUCCAACUCCCUUUCCCGCCUACACCUAACUGAGCGCGCACGAAAAGGCCCUUCACCUUGGCGUCGACAACUACCACAGACCGCCCUGUAAGCAAACGAACACGCAUAUAUCGCAUGUGCACUCCACGCCGCCUCGUUAUCACGACAAACCUCUGCGUCGUCCCACCCUCGCCGUGCCGUCCAGGCACAACAACAUAAACACACGCCCUUACCAUGCCAUCCACGCCCCAUACACCCACACACUCCCGCCGCCCCUCCGCCCUCUCUAUCUCCAUCUCGCCCGCGCCGUCCUCCCAGCGCCGCCAGUCCGUCGCCUCCCACCGCUCCAAAAAUUCAAUCUCCUCCAUAACCCCCACAUCCCCAGGAAGCCGCCUCCUGCGCUCCGACUCCCUCAACGACGCGCCCUUCUCCCCCGGCGCGCCCGCCUCAAAUGGCCUCGGGAACCUCGCCGACGAACUCGCAGACGCCUGGGCCAGCGACGAAGAUGAGGCCGAGCCAGACAUGAAUUUCGCCAGCAUCGGCGCUGAGCUCGCCGACGCUGACGCCGACUCCCAAGACGAAGCCGACUCAGAUACCGAGACAAAAGAUCCCUCCCAAAAGCCCCGCGAGCGCGACAGCGGCGUCUCCAUCUCCGGAUCGCCCGCGCCGAAGGGCCUCGCUCCCAACCCCAUCGGCCACCGCCGCGCAGCUAGCGACUACGACGGGAGCGAUUACGGGUCGUCGUCGUCGCUUCCCGAGACUGGGCUCCCGACUAGCCUACUCGCGCGCAUCGAUGGGAUCGAGUCGCUCGCUCGGCGCGGGCUAGAGGAUAACGGGGACGCGCGCUCAGGGGUGGUGAAGCGCGUUGUGGAGAGCUUACGGGAUCUGAGUGGGCAGGGAGGCGUGGAGACGGGGGCUACAAGGUUGAUUACUGCGAAUACGGCGCUGAGCUCGCAUUUGAUGCAUCAGACGCGCACGCUGCACAGCUUGACGUAUCCGCUGAUUAGCCCGAUGAAUGCGCCGCUGGAUGAGGAGUCGAUUGAGGAGUUACUGCCGUUGCUGGCUGCGCUGGGGGAGGCGAUGCCGAGGCCGGAUGUGAGCAGCUUGGUGGCGCUGACGGGGCUGCAUGGGGUUACGGGGGAGCUGAUUGAGAAGUUGGGGGGGGUGGGGGAUAGUUUGCAUAUGAGUCGGCAGACGACGAGUGUGGCGGCGAGGCGGCUGAGGGAGGCGAAGGAGAUGGUGGAGGAGUUGAGGAAGGAGGAGGAGAGGAGGGAGGAGGGGGAGAGGUGGUUGAGGAGGGGGGGGUGGGGGGAUAGGCUGGGGAAAAGGGAGUGUGCGCGGGUUUGUGGGGAGGUGGUGGGGGGGUUUGAGGAGGUGUGUGAGGGGUGGAGGAGGAGGUUGGGAGAGGGUGUUGGUGCUUGAUCUAUGUUGGAUGCAAUUGGAUAGCUGGAAGAUGUGGAUGAGGAUGAGGAUGAGGCGUUAGGCGUGUGUGAUACCGGAUCAGCAAUGUAGACUGAAACAUGGGCGAAGAACUUGACGAUUAGAUUACAUAUUAUAUUCAUAUUUGUCUUUUGAAUAGGCAGGUAGAAACAUUAGCGGGAGAGAUGAUAUCCCAAUAUUUUACUGAAAGACUUUCUAUUCCAAC